GGACCCCGUAAAGAAGUAAGUUCGUGAUGGAUUCGAAAUCUCGACGCAGGACCAAGUCCAGAAGUCGGAGUAGAGAUAGGCGAAACAAGGCUAAAAUAAGCAGAUCGCGGUCUCCAGAAAAGAGGAGAGCCUGUACUAGAUCUCCGGACGUCAGAAGAGCCGCCCGUGGACCAGCCAGAUCCAGCAGCAGCAGCGGGGCCUCAAAUCAUGGAUCUCCAGUCCGACGUCGGCCUCAGCACUGGAACCGUUCCGGGUCCGGCAGCGGCUCGGAAGCCGACAGGAGGCAAAGAAAGCACCGUCGGAGCAGCAGGUCGAAGGAUCGAUCAUCAAGCCCUGAUUCAGAUAAUUCCAAGAUAAGGAGGAGAAGGAAGGAGAUGGAGAACCAUAGAUCUUGUGAGAGAAGAAAGGGAAGGUCCCAGUCCGACUCGAACUCGAGCGAUAGAAGCAGCGACAGAGAGAGGAGGAGAAGAAGAAAAAGUCUCGAACGAGGGAGUCCAGUAAGAAGCAGAGUGAUACGAGAGCGGGACAAAGAGCAAUUGAAGAGCAACAGCAGGGACCGGGAAAGGACAAGAGACGGAAGCAGGGAGAGGAAGAAGAGUAAAGACAGGGAGCGAAGAAGAAGCAAACGGAGCAAAGAGAGGGCUGAUGGGAGCAGAGUGAGGCGGGGAUCCAGUUUGUCUGACUCUUCAGAAAGUUCAGAUUCAGACAACGAGAACCUUGCUGUCAAUGAGAAAGAGGAGAGGAAGAAACAGAAGGACCUGAUGAAAGCCCUGGAGACGCCAGAGGAGAAGAGAGCCAGAAGGCUGGCGAAGAAAGAAGCAAAGGAGAAGAAGAGAAGAGAAAAGAUGGGCUGGAGCGAAGAAUACAUGGGAUACACCAAUGCAGACAACCCAUUUGGAGACAACAACCUGUUAGGCACAUUCAAAUGGCAGAAAGCUCUGGAUAAGAAGGGCAUCGGGCAUUUUAGCGAAAAAGAGCUGAAAGAAAGAAACAAAUGCAUUCAGGAGGAAAACCGCAGAGAGCUGCAGAAGGUGAAACAGCUGCGACUGGAGCGGGAGCGAGAGAAAGCCAUGAGAGAGACGGAGCUGGAGAUGUUGCAGAGAGAGAAAGAGGCAGAGCACUUCAAAACCUGGGCUGAACAGGAGGACAACUUCCAUCUGCAACAGGCCAAACUAAGGUCUAAGAUUAGAAUUCGUGAUGGCCGUGCAAAACCCAUUGACCUAUUGGCGAAGUACAUCAGUGCAGAGGACGAUGAUCUGGCUGUGGAGAUGCAUGAACCGUACACGUUCCUCAAUGGACUGACCGUCACCGACAUGGAUGACCUGCUAGAAGACAUAAAGGUGUACAUGGAGCUUGAGCAGGGCAAGAAUGUGGACUUCUGGAGAGACAUGACGACCAUCACUGAGGAUGAGAUCAGCAAGCUGAGGAAACUGGAAGCGUCUGAGAAAGGACCCGGUGAUCGACGUGAGGGCAUCAACACAGCUGUUAGCACUGACGUCCAGUCUGUGUUCAAAGGAAAAACCUAUAGUCAGCUGCAGGCUCUGCACCUGAACAUCGAGGGAAAGAUCCGAGUUGGGGGGUCCAAUCUUGAUAUCGGCUACUGGGAGAGUCUGCUGCAGCAAGUCCGGGUCUACAUGGCCAGAGCCAGGUUGAGAGAACGCCAUCAGGAUGUGCUGCGUCAGAAACUGUUCAAACUGAAACAAGAACAGGGAGUAGAGAGUGAACCUCUGUUCCCCAUCAUCAAAGAGGAACCGAGGAGCGACGAAGAUGACGAUGGGGAAAGAACAAAAGGGCAAACAAGGGAAAGGACAGCAGAGGAGAGCGGCCCGUCCACAUCUUCCUCUCGAAGAAACAAGAACAGAGAAGCAGAGGAGGAUGAAGGGGAAGGCCCUUCCACCUCUAAAGCUGGGAGCCAAGAUGAGGAGGGAGGGGAGAAGGAUGAGGAGGGGAAGGGUGAGGCGGUGGAGGCUGUGUUGACGGAGGAGGACCUCAUCCAGCAGAGCCAGGCAGAGUACGACUCUGGUCGCUACAGUCCCACGCUGCUCACCCUGUCUGAGCUGCCGCUGGACACUCACACCAUCACCCCAGAGGAAGAUGCACACAGGCUCCAGUUAGCCCGCAGACAGCUUCAAGUCACAGGUGACGCUAACGAAAGCGCUGAGGACGCCUUCGUACGUCGAGCCAAAGAAGGGAUGGGUAAUGACGAGGCCCAGUUCAGCGUGGAGAUCCCCGUCUCUGGGAAAAUGUACCUGUGGGCGGACAAGUAUCGUCCCCGGAAACCCCGUUUCUUUAACAGGGUCCACACGGGCUUUGAGUGGAAUAAGUACAACCAGACGCACUACGACUUUGACAACCCGCCGCCCAAGAUCGUCCAGGGAUAUAAGUUUAAUAUCUUCUACCCUGACCUGAUCGACAAGCGUUCCACGCCCCAGUACUUCCUCGAGCCCUGUCCCGACAACAAGGACUUUGGGAUUUUGAGGUUCCACGCCGGCCCGCCAUACGAGGACAUCGCUUUUAAGAUUGUGAACAGGGAGUGGGAGUACUCGCACCGACACGGAUUCCGCUGUCAGUUUGCCAAUGGGAUCUUCCAGCUAUGGUUCCACUUCAAGAGAUAUCGGUAUAGGAGAUAAAAGCUAAAUUACCAGCAUGGACCAAAAUCUCAGGGACCUGAUGUUACUCGUGGAAACAGGAUGAUUUGACUCUAUUUACAGCUUUUAGCUGCUUUCACAUUAAAGUAGAGCUUUAGCUACAAACUCUUUUGUGUUUUCUGAAAAGUUAACUGUAAAUGAGGUCUGCUAAAUACACAUUAAAGAUUUUUUUUCACUUC